AUGGUAAUCUUUUCUAUCGGCAGUGACCCUGGGACUUUAAGAGUGUUAUUAGAUUCAGGUGCAACCAAUCAGCUAUAUGAAACACGGGUCACUGGAAACAUUUGGAGAAAUGCCUCUGUCAAUGUGCCUGAGACCAAACAUUUUCAGAUUCAUAUAGAGGCUCAAGCAGGCAAAGAUGGAUUUAUUGCUGUUGAUGACGUAAGAUUGACACAGGGGCCAUGUAAAGAUAUCACUGUGGAAAGUGGAGUGUUUGCUGGGUGCAAUUUUGAGGCAGACACCUGUAAAUGGACAGAUAUUAGUAUUGGGCAGUUUGUUUGGACGCGGGACCAGAACGGUACAAUAACGGCCAACACUGGCCCCUCGGUGGACCACACUACAGGCACAGAGCAUGGAUGGUAUAUGGCAGUAGAAGCCAGCCAUGGUGACCACAACAGCUUUGCUGCUCUACAAAGUCCUGCCAUGAAAGAGGCCAGCAAUGAGUGUUUGCUUGAGUUUUACUAUCAUAUGUUUGGGGAGGGCAUUGGGGAACUGAAAGUGUUUCUGCAAGAGGGCUCGAGGAGAACGCCUUUGUGGUUUAUGUCUGGUAACCAGAGAGAUGAGUGGCAUCGGGCAGAAUUAGGUGUGGGUCGCACCCAUCAAGUUUUUACUCUGCUUUUUGAGGCUACCAGGACCUACAGUGAGCUUGGGGAUAUUGCCAUAGAUGACAUUGCUUUCUUGAACUGCAAUCUGCCAGGGCCGCAGGAAUCUUGUAAAGAUGAGAUGUUCUCAUGUUCUAACCGUGUGUGUGUGGAGUCAAACAGAGUGUGUGACUACAGUGAUGACUGUGGUGAUGGCACGGAUGAGAAGCUCUGCGAUGUAAAGGGUUAUAAGCAACGCUGCAGUUUUGAGCAGGGCAUGUGCUUAUGGGAAAACAGUGAUUUGGGAUCUGGCUGGAUUUUGCAAAAUGGAGAACAGGCCUGGCCUAAGAAUGGACCUCCAAGAGACCACACCCGCAACACUGCAGCAGGUCAUUUUAUUACACCUGCACAUAAGCUGAGUGAUGUUCAAACAGCAGAAAUCAUCUCCAGCACUCUGCUACCCAGCUCGGAUUGCACCAUGAGGUUUUACUACUAUUGUCAAGAUAACAGCACCUCGGCCAAGCUAAAUGUUAGACUAAGGACACUUCGCAAUGGAGAUGAUGACAGUAUACUUUGGGAAAAUGCGGUGACACAAAGCACCCGCUGGCACAGAGUCGAGGUCACCUUUACCUCCAGGGUUAAGAGUAAGAUUGUAUUCCAGUACGUGGGCAACGGUGAGAAUCAUUUAGGACAAACAGCAGUGGAUGACAUUUCCUUCUCUAUGACAUGUGCUCACGAUCCUGACAACACUGAGCUGCCAGACAACUCCGAACCAACCAUAACACCUAAAACAACUACACCAGCAACAUCAAUAACCUCUGCUGCUCCUUCAACUUCACCAACAGUCAACCCUUGUAAGGAGAAUGAGUUUUACUGCUGGCGGUCAGAUGGUAUAAAAUGCAUCGCAGCCACUGCCCAAUGUAACUAUGUGUUAGACUGCCCUCUAGGGGAAGAUGAAGAAACGUGCGGUCCAUGUAAUUUUGAGAAUGGACAGUGCCAGUGGAGUGAUGUAAGUGUUGGUCCGAACAGGUGGAACAGGUUAAAGGUCACUAACAACACAGACCCGAAAACUGACCACACCACUGGAACAGGCCACUACAUGCAGCCAAAUUUCUUGGAGCAGUCUAACAAUGAGGCUUUGUACCAAAGCCCAUCCCUGCCCAUUAGCUCUGCAUACUGCCAGCUUCUUUUUCACUUCUACAUGGGUGGACAAGGUUCAGGCAAUCUCAGCGUGCUUUUUCAGACUGAAGAUGACAAGAAGCUGCUCUGGACAAAAUCGAGGAGCAGUUUAACUAAGUGGCUCCCAGAGCUCUUACCAUUGGGUAAACACCAUCAGCCUUACAGGAUCGUCUUUAGUAGCCAGACCUCAUCUCUACCUAAUACCCAGACCUUUGCUUUAGAUGACAUCUCCUUCCAAAACUGUGAAAAGGACUACCAAGCUCCAGACUUUAUCUUGGCCACGUGUUCCUUUGAAAAGGACUUAUGUGGUUGGAUUCAGGGAGCCGCAGAUGAGAUAGACUGGGAGAGAUGGAGCGGAUCAACUGAGUCGUCAAAAACAGGUCCCUCGGGGGACCACACCAGUGGAAAAGGGUAUUAUCUGUACAUCACAAGCUCAAUUCACAGCAGAACAGGGGACACAGCUCAAUUGAAGUCUCCUCUUUCUCCCCCAAGUGGACCUGAUGGGUACUGCUUCACAUUCUGGUAUCACAUGUUUGGAGUGAAUGCGGGCUCACUUAAAGUGUCAACAUAUGACAUUUCAUCCAACCACAAAACAUUGAUUUGGCAGAGGCAGGGGUCUCAGGGGAAUGAAUGGCGUAUGGCCCAGAGUCACGUGAAACUACAGGAAGUUUAUCAGCUAUUCAUUGAAGCUUCAGUUGGAUUUUCUGGGCACAUUGCUAUAGAUGAUUUAUUAGUUACUAAAGGUGCCUGUGCUUCCACAGAGGGUCUUUGCGACUUUGAAGAGGGGGAUUGUGGCUGGAUACAACAGACUGAUGAAGACCUAGACUGGAUUAGAGUGUCGGAUCAAAGUCGAAAAUCAAACUUCUUAAAGUCUAGACCUGUCUUUGACCAUACGACCAACACGGCUACUGGACAUUACUUUUAUAUGGAUACCAAACCUCCCCAUGUGCAAGGACAAAAAGCAAUGAUGACAUCACCUCAGUUUAAUGCAGAUGACACCAAGUGUCUCCAACUGUGGUAUUACAUGGAGGGAAGUGGCACUGGGAUCCUAAAUGUGUAUCAGCAGUUCUCAAACAAAGACCGGUCUCUGUUACUGACCCAGUCUGGAGAACAGGGAGGGCUGUGGAGGUUUGCUCAGUCCCCACUAACCCUCUCAGGGUCAGACUACAGGAUUAUGGUGGAGGGGAUUACAGGCCAAAGUGAACAGGGAACCAUAGCGUUCGAUGAUGUGCAGGUUACUAACUACCCGUGCACUCCUUCAGGACAAUGUGAUUUUGAGGCAAACUUUUGCAGCUGGAUCAAUCUGUUAGAGGUGAAUGACGCAGACUGGCUGAGAGUCCAAGCAAGCACUGUAAAGCACACAGGCCCCAGUGUGGACCACACCAGCAACUCCUCCACAGGUUAUUACCUUUAUAUGGACAGCUCUGUGGGUCAGUGGGGAGACACUGCCAUGAUUCUUAGUGAGAUUUUCACCCCUGACAGCUGGGGGCACUGUUUCACAUUCUGGUAUCAUCUGCAUGGAAACAACGUUGGGACACUUAAUUUGUACAUGAAUAACAGAACCAUUCAUAACAGUGGAAAUAUGUUAGGUGAGGAAGUAUGGACGGAGUCAGGAGAUCAAGGAGAUGUUUGGAGGACAAGCAACGUAUAUGUGAAACACAAAGAGCCUUUCUGGUUUAUAUUUCAAUUCAUGAAGGGAGCAGGUUCGAAAGGAAGUGUAGCUAUUGAUGAUGUUCACAUUAUCCCCGGUCCUUGUGACUCAGACCCCACCACUGCACCUUCACGCCAUACUGAUGCUGUAGGUAUUGGUGUAGGAGUGACAGUAACGCUGUUGGUGAUUUUUAUUGUUGGUGCAGCUCUUUAUAUGUUGAAUAAAACACAAAGAGCUAACAGGGGUUUUAUACUUGAAAAUGAUGAUCUUGAUAGGAACUAUACACUCGAUAACUGCACAGUCUCCGGUGGCUUACAUGAAAUUACGCUUUCAGUGGAUGGAAAUGACACAUCAACCAUAUAAACUUGUCAAUCUAACAUUGUUUAUUUAACAAGCCCCAACUAUCUGACUUUCUGUCACCUCUGUCCCUCUUAUACUGGAAAACAAUCUGCAUUCCAGCACACCAAUGCAGUUGCACAAAGUAACGUUGUCGUUAACUUGCAUAAAAGUUUAAACUCAAUUGUGUACUGAGUAAUCUUAAAGUCCCCCUGUGGUGAGUUUAAAUUGUUGUUUAUAUGUGGUGUAUUCAAUAUGCUUUAAGACAAACCAUGUGCAAAUUCAUAAUCCAACAGUUAGUUUAGUUUUGCAGAGACGAACUGAAAAACGCUGUUGAAAACACUACAGUUUCCAACUUCAUAAACAUGUAACCAAUCACAUCAUCACAGUAGAACGAGUGGCUCAGUAGUUUGAGUCAUAGAUAUGUAUGGAUGACACAUAGACUCGGUGCUGAAACGAUUGAAGCACCGCUGCAUCAGCUUUACUAAUGUGACACAAGCGCACUGUGCUCUCACGUGCAGUGCGAAUGCUCUAACCUGGUAACAUCAGCACUAAAUUUGUGCUGCAAAUGCGCAGCCCACGUAUGCAUUGUGAAGCCGGACUUAGCAGCUAUGUGUCUGAUAUUGCCAAAUUUAGCAUCUACGUACAUAUAUAUCUAUGGUUCGAGCUGGUGCGAUUGAGUGGAAGUGGGGACUUAUUCGCAUAGUCAUAGAUCCGCAUAGAUCAAAGAAAAAACUUUUACAUAUGCUACUGCGAUGCGCAAAGAUUUGUUUUCAAAAACAGAGGGGGACUUUAAAUGUGUCUUCUUCACAUUUCAAUUUAUAUAGUAGUCUACCUUUAAAUAUCUAGCGGACUGAGAGUUAUUCUUAAACAAUAAAACUUCUGGACAAAUGUACUAUACUAUACUAUACAAGGACGAAGCAAUUAUCUUAUUUUCUCUGUCGUGACGUAUAUCCGAGUGAAACGGCUUCUGAAAUUAAAAAAGGUAGGGCUGGACUUGAAUUCGUAAAUUGAGAAUUGAUUGCAUCAUCGGAGGUUGUUAUUUGCCACCCUCCCACAAUACCCCGAAGUAAAGAGAGAUCGUUUUGAGGAGGUGGAUGAGAUUUGCCCUUUGAUUUAAAAUUAUGGGAACACGUGAAUUUUUUAAAAAUAAUGAAGCUCACAUUUAAGUCAUUUGUAAAAAAAAAAAUACCACAAUAUUUUUAUAAUUUCAAUAGUUUUUAUUUCAAUUUCUUUGUGACUUUAUCAGAUUAAUCUUGUAUAAAUUACAACAACAGCUCCAGAUGUAUCAAAGGUUUCUUAUCUGUGCAUCAUUUUAGAAAUUCUGUUAUUUUGUUUGUCUGAGGUCUUCUGUUUAGUUGAAAUGGAUACUGGAAACCAAUUCUUAUAUGAAUGAUUUGAUCUUAUAAUGGCUCAUUUUAUAAUAAAAACUUUAUGACACUGUAUAUAAAUACUAGAAAUUAUGUAUUAAAUCUGUAUUUUAUGAUACCACAUCUUAGAAGAGGAGGUAAUCCAUUGACAUAGAAACAUGCUGCUUUGAAACAAUAUGGAUUUUGAAAAUCACUAUUAAUGCAUAAAGAAGUGUGAUCCUGUGUGUAAAUAGAUUUUGACCUAGGAAGACAUCUUUGCAGCUUCACCUCAACUUCACCUUUUUGCUGCUUUGG